AUGGAGUCCCUCGAGGAGAUGCAAAGCCGGCAUCGCAAAGAACAGAAGGACCUCCAGUCACGAAUUAUGCAGAAGAAGAAGGCUGCCACCAAAAAGACACGGAAGGGUGUGAAUGGCGAGUGUGAAGAGCUUGAAAGACAAGUAAAGGAAAGACAGGAGGGGGAAAGGCUUGCUCUGAACGGGGAGGGGGACACUGCGCCCCCUGCUGGUGACAGCCCCAGACUUGACGAAACCAUGGACGAAGAACAUACUGAGCAAUUAUCGAAUGGAGUUGAAGAAAUUACAGAGUCCCUCGAUAAAUCCCAAGUCUCAGAAGCCCCACCUGAGAAUGGUCAGCCCCGGAAACGCAACCGCCAGAAAGAACGGCUUGCAAGACGCGCUGCAGAACAAGAAAAUGCGGUAGAAGAGGCAAAAAAAGAAGCUGCAAAUCAACCCGAUCCAAAAGCCGUGGAACGAGCCCAAAUGCUGAAGGAAUUCAAGGCCAGAGGACUAACGGAGAAGACCAUCCGACCAGAUGGCCACUGCUUGUUUUCAGCAGUCGCAGAUCAGCUCUCACAAGUCGGCAUACCCCUAGGCGCGGAAUCGGACGCGGAACUAAAAGAGGACCAACGGUACAAAGUCGUUCGGAAAGCAGCAGCGAGAUACAUCGAAGCACAUCCGGACGAUUUUGUGGCUUGGUUGGAUGAGCCCUUGGGUCAAUACGUGCAUAAGAUCCGUGAUACGGCUGAGUGGGGUGGGCACCUUGAGUUACUUGCGCUGGCCAAGACGUAUAAUGUCGAAAUUUGCGUUUUGCAGAAUGGAGUAGCACAGAAUAUCGAGCCUGAUCUUGCUGGUGCAUCGGAACCGGAAAAAAUCUGGCUGGCAUACUAUCGCCAUGGUUUUGGCUUGGGAGAGCAUUACAACUCACUUCGAAAAGCACCCUGA